CUGUUAUCUUCUUGAGCGAUGACAAUGGCGCCACUUGGUACUGUUGUAGGGGUGUGGAGAAAUCCGAGGCGGGCAGGUAGACCUACGAAGGGAGGACGUUCAAGACCUUUUUCCUCACGUCCGUCUUCGACAGCGUUGGGACGGACUGGGUCAAGGAAGACAAGAAGGUCUCCCUUGACCUGCGUCUCUUCCAAGGAUAUGGCGUCAAGGCUUUCUCCAUGAAAGCGUUUGACGUGCGUGGGGACGGAACUGAAUUCCGAAUGCUUUCUCCGGAAGAAUUUCUCAGCAAAACGAACGCCAACCGCGUCACUGGCUGCCUUCCUGUCGUCGACAGUUCUUUUCGGAUGAGCAAGCCUUUGGUCCAAUUCAACAGUCUGAUGGACGUGCUUCCAGGUGUGGUUAAGCGGUACAGGGAAGACUUCUCGAAGCUGCCGCCGGACCAGCAAGCGGACUGUGUUUUUUUGCCCUUCGAGGCGGGUUCCAAGAGCAGGCGACAAACGCCGUCCGCGACGACAGGGAAGACAAAGCAGUUGCCGGGUGGGUCGUCGGGCUCGAAUCUUCCCUCGCCCUCCGUGAGGGGAGGUCGUGAUUUGGCUCAAGGUUCAAGCGAGGCAACGGAGUUUGAUGACAGGCUUCUGCGCCAGCGCAAUGUUGGUCGUGAAAAUUCCCAGGGCAGUGCAGUUGCCCUGGACGAGGACAACGAUGCGGACGAGGAAGGAGGAAGUGUCGGCCCACAUGACGACGGCGGUAAUGAAGCAGAUGUGGAAGUUGGGGAUGACAACAUGGAGGACCGGGGCGUGCUUGCUGACGAGGACGCCGACACGCCAAUGCAUGGUCAUGACAUCUCCCCCGCCGGCGCUGUGGGAGCCGCUAUUGGUCAGCCCUCGACGUCCCGUGGAAUUUCGCUAUCGCAAAGCAGGGGACUGACGCCGUCCCAAGAGGCGCGGCCUCCUCGGAAGAACAGCCAAGGGGGGCGAUCUGGGGAUCAAGGCGGUGGCCGUGGGGGCGCUGGCCAUGGAGGGGCGCGGAAAGGCUCCCAGAGGGUGAGACCACAAGAGCUGCGGGACUCGGGGGAUGAGGGCGAGGGAGUGGAUCCUCGCAUGCCCGAAGAUGCUGAUGAGCCGGUUCAGCACGUCGCGCCCAUCGACACUACGCGUUGUUUCUUCCUCGCAUACGACGACCAAGGCUUUGCUACGCAAGACGUCCAUGCUCUUCACGUGGACGUCAUGAGAAUGAAACGCAUUCCCCGCAGAAGGAUUAUUUUCAUCCACCGCUCGUUGUCUGAAAACAUUGUGCGAGGCAUCGAGAAUGCCAUCGAAAGCUCCAUCGGCACGGACCCGGGGGCGUGGGAUAGGCCUGAACUCGUGCUUGCGCCAGUUGACCACAAUGACAUUGUCGGCGGCCAGGGAAGGCGGAUCACGCCGACCGAAUUCUUGGAAAGGGACCCGGCAGAGUUCGACUGGUACGCUGUCUGUGGUCAGCAUACCGUUGAGACCAAAAAGAGAUUGGUCAGAAAGGGCUCCCCGACAGUUAAAGUUUAUGGCCUUACCGCGUACUCUAAGAGGUCGAGGGCAAUGGCGCGUCAGGUGGUUCUAGCGGCCGUUCUUCUGAUGAUCGCUGCUGCAGUCCAGACGAGCGCGCAGACUCCGACUGAGGUGACUAUCAGUUAUGUCACCUACGCAGGCAACGGCUGCAACUACGACAACACCAACUGGGUGCUGUCGAACGACUACAAGACUGUCACCUUCAUGUUCGGCGGGAUGGUUGCGACCACGGACGGGUCGCUCGCCGACAAGAGGAAGUCUUGCCAGAUGUCGUUCUUCAUGAACUACCCGGAUGGCUGGAGCGUCUCCAUUGGUCAGGCCACGGGCCGCGGGUUCGCUGACAUCGCCGAGAACUCCGACGGCAUCUACGAGACUCACUACUACUUCUCCGGACAAACGGGGACGGCUAUGGUCGAGCGCAAAAUCAAAGGCCCAAAGGUUGGCAGCUUCGAGUUCACGGACGACUUCCUGACCCUUGUCUGGAGCGAGUGCAACAACGCGCCCAAUCUGAACAUCAAGACGGUGGUGAGAGUGGAGGGCCAGAAGGCUGUCAUGGCGCUCGACUCCCAGGAUACCAAGUUCCAGCUCAUCUUCAAUCUCCAAUGGAGGCAGUGUCCGCAAAAUUGAGACCCCCGUUCACCAUCUCGCACUGAGGGUGGCGGCCCUGGCGGGUGAACGGGAGGAGACGAAGAGCAGAGGGGUGGGAGAGGAGUGUAGCCGAUUCG